UACUUCGCCCUUUCUUUCUUAAACCUUUAUUCCAUCCGGGACCCUUUCUUCGAUUUCAUCCCCUUUUCUCCUUCUUUUUUAUAUUUACAAGAAACCGUCGAUCUUUGGCUCUUGUUGGUCAAUUUUUAUUUAGACGGUCGAUUUCCGGCCACAGGUUCCAUGCUGGAUAUCUUUGUGACAAUUAAGGAUUUUGUCGUCCUUAUUUCUUCUCUCUAUUUUUUGUUAUUCGAGAUGCUUCUGAGAAUAGGAAUAACGAAAUAUUUGCACUAUGGAUUUGUUUCUUGGAAUUUAUACGCAUCGAAGGCACGGUUUCCUGCACUAUGGUUUUCGGAAUCUUUUGUUCGUAGAAAAAUUCUUUUUUUAUUAUAUAAAUUUCUUGAAUUAUUUUGGCUCGUGAUUGUUUCCUGUGGUGCUUUCAUUAAAAAGAAAAUUCGUGUGGUGGCCGAGUUAUGUUGCAAGAAAAACCUAAUUUGGAGUGCUCGGAUUUCAUCUUUAUCACGAUGAAGUUCGGGGUUAUUGGAUGUUGCAAAGGUGAUUAGGCUUCUCCCGAGUCAUGAGGGAAAAAAUUCACGUUGUGGUUAUCUUUGAAUGCCUGUUAAUUUUAUUACGUUAUGUGCAUUAGUUAUUUAGGCAGGGACAAUUGGACAACCUUUUGGAUUCAGAUUCUUGGUAGCUUAUUAGAGUUCACGUCUCCUCAUAACUUUGGAAUGGUUGAAAUCCAAUCUGGAAGUUUUCUAUUCAUCUGAUUGCAUGCAAUCUUGGCUGAGAAUAUUCUUUGUGGUCAAAUAAGAUUCUAGAUUUAGACAUGUUUUACCAAGUAUGCUAUAUUAACUUUAAUUUGCACUAUGUGCAUAAAUUUAUCAGACCUCACUGAUAUUCCUGUUUAUGGGAUUCAGAUUCUUGUUGUCGCAGUAGAGAUCACGUCCUCCAAAUUUUUAUUUGACUUCGUAAUGACUGCAGUUCCUAUUUCAUCUUUUUUUCUUUUUACUAUACUGAAGUUAUGUGAUCUUGACUGAAGAUAGUACUUGUGAUAAAAUAAGAAUUUAGUAUUUCGAGUGUGCAUCUAUCAAGAAUCUGAAAAGCUGAGAAUAAUAAUUGCACCAUUCCUCUUUGAGGAUUUGUAGGCUCCAAUGAGGUAUGCACGUGUGUCCUAACAUGUUUGAAACAAUCUUUCAUGAUUGAAACAAUACUUUGGGAGAUUCUCAGUCAAUACUGCUUGCUGUUUGGUUCUUUGUCAACCCUCCUGAGAGUCAUUUGAAGGGUUGGACCAAUGCUAAUGUGGAAGGUUGGAAAUAAGGAAGCUCUGGAGUAUGUUACUGUGAUCUGAUUUUGAUGGAAUUAGUGGUUAGUUUAGAAGUAAUAAGCUCCAGCAGGUCUUAUCUUCAUUGUGCUGUGGACUUCUCAGAAUUAGUGCUCUAUUCAUUCAGAGGAACUGAAGCGGCACUGUUCGCAUAAGAUGUCAAAACCGAGGGGACAAAGAUUCCUUUGUAGCCUCCAAGGAGUGGCUAGUAGUCAUUGUUCAUUACUGGGGAGAUGAUCUGUUGACUUUGAGGCUGUUUUUGUUUUUGUUUCUGUUCUUCAUGUGCGCAUGCGCGUGCACGUGUCCUUGGGACUUUAAUUAUUAUGGAAGAAGAUGUGGAACAUGUGUAUGUUUUGCUUUCUUUGUUUUUAAGGAAAUUAAACCUUAUCUUCUGAGUAUCUUUGCUAGUGAAGGCUUUCAUCUGCAGUGCAAACCAUUUUUUCGAAAAAAAAAAAGAAGUUCCUUCACAAGGUUUAGCACACAAUGAAAGGAACACAUUUAUGGCUUGAAUCUCGCAGGAAAAGGCCUUUUGGCCCAAGGCUGAAUUUUAGUGCAGAAGAAGCAGUGCAGUGCCAACUUGAAGCACUAAAAUACAAUGAUCAACCUCGUCAAGACUAUGGGAUAGAAGUCAUGUACAGGUUUGCUGGGUUUGAUCCAUUUGAAAGGUCGACCUACUUUGGCCCAUUCUUUGAUUUAGGGCAGUUUGAGCGCUUCAGGCGAAUAUUUCACCAUUCGACUUACCGGGUUUUGCUUUGUCACAAGGAAAGGAAGAUCUUGAGCAGUUUGUGGGUUAAAGAGAAUCGAUUCAAACAGAGAGUUUGGAUACAAGGUUCUCGACCAGAGGAGGAAGAAAUCUUCCAAUUUACCGUGGUUCAGAGGGUAGGUGGCUCUUGGGAUGGUUAUUGGUUAACAGAGAGCUUGCUUCAUGAUGGAGACGGGUUUUCUGGUGCUGUUGCUUAUUGAUGCAUGAGCGUGAUGCUGCAUGUAACCUUCCUCUAGACUUCAUUAAUGUACAUAUAUCAAUCACAUAUUUCUGCAGAGGCAUCCAAAUUGCCUAGAUGCUGUAAAUAAUACACAUUGUGUGCUGUAGUGUGAUUAUAUACUUUCACAGCUUCAAAGGAAGAUAAGCUAAAAUUCUUUGGUUAUUGUUA